AUGGAGAACCUGAGCAAUAUCUUCAAGCAAAAGGCCACCGAGCAGCAUCACAGAGCGGAGGUCAUGAUUGCAGGAGAACAGCUCAGGCUUCGUCUUCAUGACGGCAAGCUUAUAAAGGAUCGGCGUUAUCACCUCCGCACCUACCCGAAUUGCUUCGUGUCCAAGGAGCUCAUUGACUGGUUGAUUGACCACAAAGAAGCCCCUGACCGCGAGACCGGCAUCCGGCUGAUGCAGAAGCUCAUGGACCAUGAUAUUCUUCACCACGUCUGUGACGAACAUUCGGACUACAAGGACGCUAAGCUCCUCUAUCGCUUCCGCAAGGAUGAUGGGACCUUCCCACUCAACAAGGAAGUCAAGGUGUUCCUGAGAGGACAGAGCCUCUACGAGACGCUGAUCAGCAUGGACAACUCUAUUCUCAAAGCCAGAGAAGAGAACCUGGUUAAAUUCCAGAGGAGCUUUUUGGGGUGUGAGAUGGUUGACUGGCUGGUGGAGGAAGGGGAGGUUGCCAACCGGAAGGAAGCGACGGAGCUCUGCCAAACCCUCCUGGAACACGGGAUCAUCCAGCAAGUCUCCGCUCAGUGCCAUUUUUACGACCGGGAUCUCCUCUACCAGUUUCGUAUCAAUUUCCGCCGAAGGAGGAGACUCACGGAGCUGCUGAGUGAAACCCUGCACAGAUCUCUUUCGGACAGCCCUGACAGCCCCUUCUGUCUCCGCAAGCUGAACCCCGAGCUGAGCCCCUCCAGUUUCUUGUCAGUCCAACCUAAUAAGGAAAUUAAAAUUGUCUCGGCUGUCCGAAGAAGCAGUGUGACUUCCCUGGCUGGAGGAUCCAGUCUCUAUUAUAACCUCUCCCCAAACCUGGGACAGGUGCCAAUUGUUGAAUGCAAUCCCAAAUCAGUCUUGAAGAAAUCUGUCACCAAUGAAGAGCUGUUGACUCCCGGAGCACCUUACAUCAAGAAAACACUGACAAUUGUAGGGGAUGCAGUUGGCUGGGGUUUUGUAGUGCGUGGAGGUCAGCCAUGCCACAUCCAAGCUGUAGAUCCAGGAGGACCAGCUGCUGCUGCUGGCAUGAAGGUCUGCCAAUUUGUCUACUCGGUGAAUGGAAUGUAUGUUUUACAUUUGGAUUACCAGACUGUGAGCAAUCUCAUUGUGACAGGACCUCGGACUCUGGUGCUCGAAGUGAUGGAAGAAGAUGAAUGA